GGCCGCCGCCCCGGGCUCGCGCUCCCGCUCCCGCUCCCGCCCCGCGCUCGCGCCGCGGCCGUUAGCGCCGACCGUUAGCGCCGGCCGUUAGCGGCGGUCGCCUCAGGGCCGGCGGCUGCCGCAGGAGGGCGGUGGCGGGGCGAAGAGGAGGGGGGGGGGGGGAAGGACCGUGGCAGCCGGCUCCUGUGGCGCUGAAUAGCCCAGCCCCGCAGGGCAAACAAACCUUCGGCCGCGGGAAGAGGGAGAAGGGGAUGGAGCCCGCUCCGGCAGCGGCAGGCUGAAUUUUUUUUUUUUUUUAAUUAUAAAUAUAUAUAUUUUUUCCGAAUUUCGCCUUCGCUUCCCAUUUUUUAACCCGCUGCUCGAUGGGGGCUUGGGGAGCGAGGCGGGUGGCGGUUGCUCCAUCGCUCCUCCGCCUCUGAGCAUCAACCGUAGCUCCGCUGCUUGAGGAAUUUUAUUUAUUUAUUUAUUUUAAAUUAUCAUUAUCUCAUUAUUAUUUCUGAAGGGGGCUGCCCGAGCAGCUCGCACGCCCGCCAGAAUGAAGCCUUCGCGUUUUUCCGUCAAUUAUACCUAAUGCCGGGUCGGCACUAAAGUGCUGCCUCACUCGGAGGACCGCCACAGACUUUCCCCGCUACAUGUAGCCGGACCCGGUACGGCGCAGCCUUUCUCCCACCCCCUCACCCCCCCUCAACCCCCCAACAACCCCUGCACAUCUUCCUGGCAGAUCUUUCCGAAAUGAAGAAAUUUAAUUUCCGCAAAGUUUUGGAUGGUCUGACCGCCUCCUCGCCCGGUGGCAGCGGCGGCGGCGGGGAUGGCAGCGGGGCUGGCGGCGGCUCCGUGCACCCGGCAGGGACUGCAGGGGCUGCGGGGACUCCCCGAGAGGAGGUCCAGGAGACGCUAACUUCAGAUUAUUUCCAAAUCUGUAAGACGGUUCGCCAUGGUUUUCCUUAUCUACCCACUGCCUUAGCUUUUGACCCAGUUCAGAAAAUUCUGGCAAUUGGAACAAGAACAGGAGCAAUACGAAUAUUGGGCAGGCCUGGUGUUGAUUGCUACUGCCAACAUGAAAGUGGUGCUGCAGUUUUGCAGCUCCAGUUCUUAAUCAAUGAGGGUGCUUUGGUCAGUGCAAGUGCAGAUGAUACACUUCAUUUGUGGAAUCUCAGACAGAAACGACCAGCUAUCCUACAUUCUCUGAAAUUUAACAGAGAACGGAUUACUUACUGCCAUCUACCUUUCCAGAGUAAAUGGCUUUAUGUUGGAACAGAGAGGGGAAAUACACACAUUGUUAAUAUUGAGUCCUUCAUUCUUUCUGGAUAUGUCAUCAUGUGGAACAAGGCAAUAGAACUAUCCACAAAGACUCACCCUGGGCCAGUUGUACAUUUAAGUGACAGCCCAAGAGAUGAGGGAAAACUAUUGAUAGGCUAUGAAAAUGGGACUGUAGUACUCUGGGACUUACGGUCUAAAAGAGCUGAUCUAAGAGCUUAUUAUGAUGAGGCUAUUCAUUCCGUUGCUUGGCACCAUGAAGGGAAACAGUUCAUGUGCAGUCACUCAGAUGGAAGCUUGACCCUGUGGAACCUGAAAAGUCCCAACAGACCAUUCCAGACCACAAUCCCACAUGGAAAAAUUCAAAGAGAUGGUAAAAAACCCGAAUCCUGUAAACCAAUUCUUAAAGUAGAGUACAAGACCUGUAAAAACAGUGAACCGUUUGUGAUAUUUUCUGGUGGAUUGUCAUAUGAUAAGGCUUGUCGAAGACCAAGUCUAACAAUUAUGCAUGGAAAAGCAAUUACAGUUCUUGAAAUGGAUCACCCUAUAGUUGAUUUUUUAACUCUCUGUGAAACCCCAUAUCCAAAUGAAUUUCAAGAACCCUAUGCUGUAGUUGUGCUUUUGGAAAAAGAUCUCAUUGUUGUUGACCUGACACAAAGCAAUUUUCCAAUCUUUGAAAAUCCAUAUCCUAUUGACAUUCAUGAGUCACCUGUCACCUGCACAGAAUAUUUUGCCGACUGUCCUCCAGAUUUGAUUCCUGUACUCUAUUCUGUAGGAGCAAAACAUAAAAAGCAAGGAUACAGCAAUAAGGAGUGGCCUAUCAGUGGUGGAGCAUGGAACCUUGGAGCUCAGACAUAUCCUGAAAUCAUUAUUACAGGCCAUGCAGAUGGAUCAGUAAAGUUUUGGGAUGCUUCUGCCAUUACUCUACAGAUGUUGUACAAAUUAAAAACAUCAAAGGUCUUUGAAAAACAAAAGUUGGGUGAAGGAAAAGCAACAGCUGAGAUUGUGGAAGAAGACCCUUUUGCUGUUCAGAUGAUGUACUGGUGUCCUGAAAGCCGAAUUUUUUGUGUGGCAGGAGUUUCUGCAUAUGUGGUUGUUUAUAGAUUCAGCAAACAUGAAGUAAAUACAGAAAUUGCAUCACUAGAGGUACGACUUCAGUAUGAAGUAGAAGAUAUCAUUACUCCUGAACCAGAAAUAAUUCCCCAGUUUCCAGAUGCCUCUUCCCAGCUUCCUUCUUUAAAGAGCCUUUCAGGCAGUACCAACACUGUAGCAUGUGAAGGAAUGAUGAAGGACAGUAUCCCAUGUCUUAGUGUUAAGACUCGACCUGUGCGAAUGCCUCCCGGAUACCAAGCAGAUCUUGUUAUUCAGUUGGUGUGGGUGGAUGGUGAACCUCCACAACAGAUUACCAGUCUUGCUGUAAACUCUGCUUAUGGACUAGUGGCAUUUGGAAACUGCAAUGGUUUGGCUGUUGUGGACUUUAUGCAGAAGACAGUACUGCUGAGCAUGGGAACCCUUGACCUAUAUGGAUCAAGUGAUCCAUACCAACGUCAACCCCGUUCGCCUCGCAAAAGCAAGCAGUUUGCUGCAGACAACUUUUGCAUGCGUGGCCUGUCUAACUUUUAUCCAGAUUUAACGAAACGGAUCCGUACUUCCUAUCAGAGCCUGACUGAACUCAGUGACAGUCCAGUUUCCCUGGAGCUAGAGCGUUGCAAGUCUCCCACUUCAGAUCACGUGAAUGGUCACUGUACAAGUCCAACAUCCCAGAGCUGCAGUGCAGGAAAACGACUUUCCAGCGCGGACGUCUCAAAAGCAAACCGCCGAGGGCCUGGGAGGCCCCCCUUUAGAAAGGCGCAGUCUGCAGCCUGCAUGGAGAUUUCCCUCCCAGUCACCACAGAAGAAAACCGGGAAAACUCCUUCAGCCGUUCCCGAAGCUCCAGCGUGUCGAGCAUCGACAGGGACUCAAAGGAGGCAAUUACAGCUUUGUACUUCAUGGAGUCCUUUGCCCGAAAGAACGACUCUGCUGUCUCCCCAUGCCUCUGGGUUGGAACGGGCCUUGGUAUGGUCUUAAUCCUCUCCCUUAACCUGCCUGCCAGUGACGACCUACGGCAGUCAGAGCCGGUCAUGGUGUCACCAAGUGGCACAGUUCUGACACUGAAAGGAGCAGUACUGACCUUCGCGUGCUUGGACUGCGUGGGGACGUUGACACAUCCACCGUAUGAAGUAUGGAGGGACCCACACAGUGCUGAUGAUGGUGAAAAAACAAGAAAAAGGAAACUUGUCAUGCAUUCCCCUUCCUCCUCCCAGGAUAUGGGUGAUCAUCAAUUUGCAGUCAUUUGUUCAGAAAAACAAGCCAAAGUCUUCUCAUUGCCUUCCCAAACAUGUCUUUAUGUCCACAACAUCACCGAAACGUCCUUUUUAUUGCGAGCAGAUGUGGUCACCCUCUGUAACAGCGUCUGUCUGGCGUGCUUUUGUGCCAAUGGGCACAUCAUGACACUGAGCUUGCCCAGCCUUCGCCCGCUGCUGGACAUCAACUAUUUGCCUGUAACAGAUAUGAGGAUAGCGCGGACCUUUUGUUUCACUAACGAAGGGCAGGCUUUGUACCUCAGCUCUCCCACUGAGAUCCAGCGCCUAACAUACAGCCAGGAGAUGUGCGACAACCUGCAGGACAUGCUUGGGGAUUUGUUUACUCCUGUGGAAACACCAGAAGCCCAAAACAGAGGCUUUCUCAAAGGACUUUUUGGAGGAAGUGGACAAGCUUUUGACAGAGAGGAACUCUUUGGUGAGGCCACAGCAGGAAAAGCCUCUCGCAGUCUUGCCCAGCACAUACCUGGAUCAGGAGGAAUUGAAGGCGUGAGAGGAGCCGCAGGAGGAGUUAUUGGGGACCUGACUCGUGCACGCAUUGCCCUUGAUGAGCGAGGACAGAAACUGGGAGAGCUGGAUGAAAGGACUGCGAGCAUGAUGGCCAGUGCAGAAGCAUUUUCCAAACAUGCACAUGAGGUGAUGCUGAAAUACAAGGACAAAAAAUGGUACCAGUUUUAAACUUUCAAAGAGUCUGCUUGUGGCUAUAUUAAGAACACUGUUCAGGGAAGCAAUGUUCAUUCCCAAAUCUACCAGUCACGGGUCAGAAGCAAUUUUUCUCCUAGAAGAUGUUUUCCUCUUACAAUAUUGGAUUCAUCACAGUGAGAUUCAAGGAGAAAUUUUUUAGGCCAUGAGAUGGAAGCUACAGUCAUGUGGGUCUUACUCCAACACCUGGCUGAUGCAGUAGCCAAUUUUUUCCAAAAGGAACUCAACCAUCACUGUGGCAUGUAUUUUUCAGAAGCUGUAGGUAUGAACUGUGGGGAGUGUGUCUGGUUAAAAAUAUUCUGUACAAACUCGAAUGUUAAUGCACUUAUAAAACUUUGCAUGACUAAUUGACAUCUUAAAAAAAAAAAAAAGAAAAGAAAAAAGAAAGCAUGUUGUGACCGAAGAAAAAUGGGAUUAAUUUCUAUUGAGAAAAAAAAUACUUAAAUGGCAAAAAUCUUUAUUUUUUAAAAAUGAGACUACAAAAUGUCAGUACAUUUCAAGCAUGUUUGCUACUGUUCUCAACAUAAAAAUGCGUUGAGCUGUGUUUUCUUAUAUGCUAUUUAUUUCCCUUGAAAAACCUUGCUCGAAAUCAGUACUGUUUAACUCCUACCAGAAGAAUAAAUAACUUCAACAACCUAUGCCCAAACUUUACAGAUUUUUCAAGUAGCUAGACAGGCACUAUCUGAAAUGUCAUUAAAACAUGAGGGUAGAUGGUUUAUUUGCAAUUCAGAGUACAUGACAUGUCAUCCUUAUCUGUACUUUUAAAAACGUGCUCUAGAUUUAUCUCACUUGUCCUUGGAGGGGGCUAUGCCAUUUUUCAUCCCCAUGGUUUCGGUAUCACUUGGUUGCCUUAUUUCUUUGUAGCAGGAACAGAAAACAAGCUUAGGAAAUCUUGAAGUUAGGAAAGGCACAAUGGGAAACCACAGUGCUACAACUUGGAGAGUCCCAUCGAUCUCCACUCACCAAAACUGCUUAGCAGCUGGCAAAACAGUGAUUAUUUUUUUUCGUAAGUGUUUGGUUGAAUUUAUGCUAAGGAAACUGCAGACCCCAUCAACCUAGCAGCGAGAGCUCACAGCAGCAAGAGUAAAAGAUGGGCUGAGGAGGAGCAUGGAAAACAACUGUCAACAUAUGGCACUGAAUUGGCACAUAGAGCAAAUGACACCACAGGUGUGUGGCAAUUGAUUUUCUGCUUACGCUGCUAAAAGUAAUUUGCUUCUGCUUCAAAGUGGCUUGUUUGGUUUCUACAGAGAACUCAGCAGAACACUCUCCAGCUUGUAGAGUCAGAAGACAACAGUAAGUAAAACCUAUCACCUAUUUACAUGGAUGGAGUCCUAGUCCGUAGGAAUAUGCUGCAUUCACAGUAGCCUACAAGAACCUCAUUACCACGCAGGUGAACUGUUAAGUUAGAAAUUUUUCCUACAUGGGCUUGGAAACAAGGCACUGAAGACUUGUUUUCAUGCACCUGGACAUAGCUUCAAACUAGAAAAGGAAAGUGAGGAAAGGGAGGAAAAGCAACAUUUAAUUUUUCUCUAUAUGAGAAGAGGUACAGAUGAUGUCCUUUCAAGGAGUCCUGACUGGCACUGAUGCAGCCAGACAGCAUCCCCUUGGAACUAGAUCUUAACUUCACCAGUGUUCACAUGAUCUCUCUCAAGGAUGCCCUUCCCUUAUCUGUUGUUUUCUUAAAAUGGAGCCCAGGAAAUUGUACAGUGUGGAAGCCUAGCUUCACUAUCAGCACAGCUGUGCAAGUUAAAGGGAUGGAACAGAACUGAGGUGUUCAGUUUUAAAUUCAUGUUGUAGCAUAACAGGCAUUCUGUGCUUUACAGGAUUUUUAUUUUUCUCUGUGGGCAAAAUCAAAGUGAGAACCCUGACUGGUCUAGCUCAACUGGGAGUGAGACACAACAAGUUCUCUGUCACAGGAAAAACUGGACUAUAGUUGAGAGAACUGUAGAAACUUGCUGGGAAAAAGGUCAAAGCCCAAAGAUGCCUGAGUUUCCGCUGAGAGUUAAGGAACUGAAAUCGUCCGUGACCCAAGACGCUGUCUGUGUGUUUCUGUGCGAGGAAACAGCAAACUCACCACUCGAAUGCCAGUAUGAACUGGGCCAGAGAACUCCUUCCAGAGGCCAGAUCGCAGAACUGGUCACUUGCAUAUGAGGCAGUUUCACUGUAACCAGGCAUCUAGAAUGACAGAUAAGUGACAACAAUAGUAGAGCCAUUCUGUAUCUUCUGUUUAAAUGUAUAUUCACUCUGCCUGUGCUCUGGGCUAUAUCCCCAAACCACUAGUCUCUAGGCAGCAAAAUCAUUUUGUGCAGCAGAUCAUUUAAACCCUCCAACCAACUUUAUAGGCCUUGUUCUCUUUUAGAGAAGCUAGGUCAUCUUCAUUGGUGUCAAGAUACCGACCAGAACUGGUUCUCCACCCAGCCCUACACUCAUUUAUGCACUGAGACAGUGCAAAUGAAAAGGCCAGUACCAGCUGAAGUGUGGCACUUGGAUAUCCAUAGGCUACAGGGCCAGUUUCUGCCAUAAAUUGGUGUAAUGUAGUCAGCCUUUAAUAACUCAGCCCAGAUGAGCGCUAGCGCACGGUGGUCAGGCAGCAGCAGGCACACUUAAAUGGCAAGGUAGGCAGCAGUUCUGCAUUAGCUUUCUGUACACUGUACCUUGUGGAGGUGGCAGACGUCGCAAGCCCAUUACCUUGACAUCGGUGGAAGUGUCUCUUCUGGCUGGAGCUGGAGCCUGCUCCUGGUUUGAGAAUCAAGUGUAAAAAUUUAAGAAGGACUUUGAAUUGCUAAUCACCAUAGCAUGCCCAGGGAGAAAAGUGUCUUCAACAAGUCAUUUACACGCUGGCUGACUUAUCUUGGCAGCCACCACUCUCUGUCUUAAGAACAGGGGAAAAAAAAAAAAAACUUCCAGUAGAUUUCCAUUUUAUGCAACAGAAGAAUUAGAAUUUAGCAUCCCUCAAACUUAAAAACGUGAAUAAGAAAUUGUAAAGCAACUUUUCUCUAGUACUCCCCAUUAGGUCACAGCUGUAUCUUGCUUUCCACUCUUACAUAUUUCCAGACAGUUACAAACUGCUAUUUCUGUUAAGUUGACCACUUGUGACUAUAAUUAUCAAUUUUCUGGUAGUCUGUAGAGAUCUAAAAAGUUGUAUAUGUUUGUAUAUAGAACAUUCUAUAUAUAAAAAUAUAUAUAUGUAAUGUAUAUGUUGUAUAAGUUUGUUAGUGCACACUGUUAAAUGCUUUCUAUCAAGAUUUACCAUGUAUGUGGAAAAAAAAAAAAACUUCACUUAAAAACUUCAAUGAGGGAGGAAAAAUUCUUGCCUGACUGAUUUAUUGUGAAAUGAGGGGGAGUGUGGGAUUUUUGAAAGGCCUGACCUGAACACUAUUAAAGGCUAUUAAUGAAAGUACUAAAGUCACAGCGUUCAGAGCAACGAGCACAGCAUCUGAAUUGCUGUAAGAAAUUAAGGACACGAGCUGUCACUGUAUGUUGAAAUCAUGUGCUUUCACCUUUUCCACUAAGAUAGCACCACCUCGAGCAAAUCCUAAACCUGGAGGUAAUCUUCAACAUCGUAAUCCUCAGUUACAAUAGACCAGAUUGCCUAGAAAUAUUUGUUCAAUUUAAAACACGCCUUUUUUUGUUGUUGUUUGUUUAGAUACCCUUUUCACUCACAUUCUUUGCAGAAGUUCUGUCACAACCACGUCCCAAAACGUGAUGCACAGAACUUGCAACAGCACACGCAUACAUCUGGGUUUGACCAGAUGUGUUUACACUUAUGCAUAGAGCUGUAGAUAGACAGAGCAUGCAGAGAAAAUACAUUAAAUUAGAUUAUUUAUAUGUUUUCAGAGUAGGCAAGUCUUCAAUGAAGUACAAGCUAUUUUAUUAAAAAACAAAUCCAUUCAUAGAGUGUAAACUUAAGCUUCAAAUAUUGAAUUAAAAGACAAGCUAAAGAAGAAUUUGAGAAUCAGGUUUUGUUUUGUAUAAUCACCUGUUUUUUAAAUGAUUUGAUUUUUUUUUUAAACAGUUCUACAGGUCCACUAUUUACAUCAAUUAGACAUUCCCUGUAUUACCCGAAUAGCUUCCUACAUGAAUAUUUAGCAGAAAUACUCUAUUUAUUAUGCAUAUUGUAUAAAAUUAUCACAUAUAGAAAUUCUCUAAAACAUAUUCCUUUUAUGGAAGCCAUUUUACACCAAAAUGUAUUAUAAUGGAGAUAUGCAUACAAAAAAUAUUUUUUUCAGUAACAAUUUAAAAAAAGUGAAGAAAAUAGUGCAGCUUAAGUAAAAGCUGUGUUCAACCUCAGGACUCCUCCAUUUAUAAGAUGUGUGUAUUGUAACAGAGGCAAAAAGCCAGAUUUCAUUUAAUUCCACCCCUUAAAUACCCUGGCACCUGUACAUCAUUUUUCAUAACCUAAAGGUGAACUCAAGCACAGUAUAAUUCAGUCUUGAAUGUUUUUUUGCCUUGGUAUGGUCUUAGUAAGAACACACUCUCUCUCAUUAAGGAACUACAUGUGGCCAUUUGUAGUCAACUCUUCAUCUAGGUGUAUAAGCAAUAGUCAUGUAAAUGAGUGUUUCCAUUCAUGUGUUUUGUUUUGUGGUUAAAUCAACAAAUCAAACAUUGUACUUUUUUUAAAUAGCAACCAAUGCUCAGAUUCAGUGUCAAGGAAACGUGGACAGAGUAUGCAUUAACAAGUCGUUACCUGUAUUUCACAAUGAAGGCAGAUCUGGGGUGAACCACACGCUCCUGUGCUAACCCUUUCCUGUUCCCACAGGUAUCCUAAGACAGCACCGCAAAAGGAAAACUAAGGCAUCGUUAACUGAAGCUGUAUGAAGUUCCCAGUUUAAAAAAUUAAAAAAAAAAAAAAAAGAAAAAAAAAAAA